GACAAACAUUAUUGUUUCACAGGAUCAUCACAAUGCUACGGAUAACGCUUCUACUGACGCUCGUGGCGCUCGCGUGCCACGCUGCUCCUUCCUCUGACGAUGCAGCUGUCGAGCCUCUAUACAGAAGUGUGACCAUCGCCGACUACAAGACUGCUCUAUCACAGAGUAAAAGUCUCGUAAACAGACAGAAAGGCAGAAUCAUCUCGAAAACUGUCGACAAACUGAUCAACGAGAACCCAAAGAAGGUUAUGUACUUCGCGUACUAUCUGUGGAACAACGGAGCCCAAGACAUCGUCAAGAAUUACUUCCCGCUCCCAUUCAGAGUGAUCUUCAGCCAGCUUUCCGUCGAGCUCUAUAACAAGAAAUACUCCAUGGAGCUCAAGGUAACACUUAGCACUGAUUCCGAUAACGAAAGGGGCGUGUAUGGUGACUAUAGUAAAGUUGGCGCGAGGGCAGACUGGACAUUCAUGGUUACUGAGGCAGCAGACGAGAAGGUCUACUUUAAAGUCUACAACCCUAGCAAUAACCAAUAUAUGAAAUCCGGAAAUUCAGCUGAUGGGGACAAUGACCGCCCGAUUUACGCUUCUACUAAUUCUGACACGUUUAGACAUCAGUGGUACCUUGAGCCAGUCAUGUACAAUGGCGACCUCCUGUUCUACAUUUUCAACCGGGAGUACAACCAGCCCCUGAAGCUGGGCCAAUUCACGGACUCGGAUGGCGACCGCCGGGCUUACGCGCAUGGCGGAGAUCCGUCUGGCGAUCCUGAACGUUUCGGAUGGAAGAUGGUCCGUUACUAAUCAAUUGUAGUAAUGAUUUUGGAGACAUUUUUACUGAAAUAAACGUGUGAUUGAAGCAUUA